CAGGGCGGCUUCCGGAAGGCGGAGCUCCAACCCCAUUUCCUUUCUCCGGGCUGGUUCGGGCCCCGCUGCACCUGCGUGCGGUCCUUGCUCGGCGGCUCCCCGCAGCUCGGCGGUGGCAUGGGCGGCGCGCGGGACGUGGGCUGGUUGGCGGCGGGGCUGGUCCUCGGCGCCGGCGCCUGCUACUGCAUCUACCGGCUGACCCGGGGCCCGCGGCGAGGCCGGCGCCGCCUGCGCCCUUCGCGGUCUGCAGAAGACUUAACUGAUAGUUCCUAUGAUGAUGUGUUAACUGCUGAACAGCUUGAGAAACUUCUGUACCUGCUGGAGUCAACUGAUGAUCCUAUAAUUAUUGAGAAAGCCUUGGUCACCCUGGGAAAUAAUGCAGCCUUUUCAGCCAACCAAGCCAUUAUUCGUGAGUUGGGUGGUAUCCCAAUCGUUGGAAGCAAAAUCAACUCUCUGAACCUCAGUAUUAAAGAGAAAGCCUUAAAUGCACUAAAUAACCUGAGUGUGAAUGUCGAAAACCAAGUUAAGAUAAAGGUUUACGUCCAUCAAGUCUGUGAGGAUGUCUUCGCCGAUCCCCUGGACUCUGCCGUGCAGCUGGCCGGCUUGAGACUUUUAACAAACAUGACCGUCACCAAUGACUACCAGCACCUGCUCAGCGGCUACGUCCCUGGCCUGUUCCACCUGCUACUUAUUGGGAAUGGAAGCACCAAGGUCCAGGUGUUGAAGCUGCUUUUGAACUUGUCUGAGAAUCCAGCCAUGACAGAAGGACUACUGAGUGCCCAAGUGGAUUCUUCAUUUCUCUCCCUUUAUGAUGGCCACAUAGCCAAUGAGAUUCUUCUUCGAGCACUUACACUGUUUCAAAAUAUAAACAACUGCCUCAAAGUAGAAGGCCGAUUAGCUAAUCAGCUUCCUUUCGCUAAAGGGUCAUUGUUUUUCCUAUUGUAUGGGGAAGAAUGUGCCCAGAAAAUGAGAGAGCUAGUUUGUCAUCAUGAUGCAGAGGUGAAAGAGAAGGCUUUAGCCAUAAAGCCAAAGUUCUGAUUGGUUGCUCCUGGAUUUUUCAAAGAGUAAAUGUAGUCUUAAGUCAGCACACGGGAACUUAUUUUCUACCUUCUUUUUAAAAAGGGAUGUUUUAGCUGAUAAAGUUAAACAACAAAAGUCAUAUUGCAACUUUAUCACAGUUCAGUGUGAGCAGCUCUAAUCCAACAUGAUAUUCAAAAUUUUGGAUUUUGGAGUAGUUCAGAUUUGGGCUUUGGGAAUUAGGUAUUUAUUGUAUGAAAUACUCAGAGGAUGUGAAUCACUUCUGGAGCAAACAUUCAGUUAGGAUUACGGACUGAUUUGCCAUGCUCUUCAGGUUGAUUUUGAAUGAUUCUACUGGUACUGAAUGACUAUGAGGGAUUGUACUGAAGAUAUUUAAUGGUUUCCACACAUGAAAUGAGUGGCCUUCUCUGUACAAUCCUAAUUCCUGGAAGUGAUUUGCAGUUCCUCGUGGAGACAUCGUUAGGUGCGGAGUUAAAGACUAUAACUGCCACAGCAAGGGCCUUGUGCCUCAGUGCAGUGAUACCCCAAGCUCAAGCCCACGGCCAGCCCCAUUAUAUACUGCUUUGCAAGUCUGUGUUCCUCAUCAGAAUCUGACCUCAUUGUUUCUGAUCAGUGUAGGGAAAAUGUUUUCUUAUACUUAGCCCAUGUGUAAGAUACUGGAGAGCAGUCCCAAGUGUCCACCCCCAGGCAGGUGGGCAGCCAAGCAGCUGCUCUGUAAACAGGACUGGCCUCAUGAGUCCGGGUGGACGCACAGAGAAAUACACCCAUGAAAUGGUUGUUUUUAAAAGCAUGUCAUAAAACAAUGUAUUAGUGUCUUUUUUUUUUUUUUUUUUUAAAAAACAAUGAUAAGUACAUUUAUACAUGGACAGAGCGUUUCUAGAAUGAUAUGUAAAACUUCUGGGCACGAGACAUGGGGACAUGGAUUUUCUUUAUGUACCCAUUUCUACUGUUUGAAUUUUUUUACUGAGCAUAACUUGUUAAUUUUUUAAUAAAAAAGGGAAAAAGUCCAA